AUUCUGCCAGAGGAAAAAGUUGAAUUUGAUUCAAUAACUUUUCUUGACUUACUGUCAAAGUUAUUGAUUGUAAUUCAAUUACGUUUAGUCUUAAUCUUUAUAAUAGUCCAUGUAAACAAUCAGCUCUUAAAAUGUUAUUAAUCUUAAUUGUUAUCUUGACUGUAACACAACCUUUUGUUUUCACCAAUGCUGGGUCACUACUUGAUUUACCUUUGAAAAUAUCCAAUCGAAAUCUUAUCAUUCAUGCAACUUUGACAGAUAAAUCUUCGGGUGAUACCUUUUUCCUUGAAGAAUACAUUUCCGUAAAUCCUAAUGUUCAGGGUAAAAUUGAAAUUGAAUCUAAAACUGAUUCAUCUGAAGUUCAUUAUUCAUCUGGUAGAAAUAAUCAACGUUUGAUUGUCAAAGAAACAUCAUGUGAACUUUUCACUUACAAAUUGGGAUGGGACAAGCAACUGCCGGGGGUCACCAAGCCAUUACUGAACCUGAUUCUAUUGCUCGGACCAUCGAUAAUCUAUCGUAUAGAUGAUAGUUCAAUUGGCUGGUCUCCCGCCGAUGACGACGAAGUGAGAGGUACACAAAUGCAUAGUUCCACGGUGACAAUGAACGCAAGGUUCAAAAUGACUAUUUACUACAAGAAAAACAUUGACCCAUACGAAGGUAUCACUAGAGCUAGUAGGAUCGUCUUUGAAGGUCGCGAUCCAGGAGUACCAAUCUCAUCGGAAAAGGAAAACCUUAUCAUGGAUAUUUAUAUUAAUGAGGAAACUGAUGAUGAACUAGAUAAGAUCGCUCAGAUUCCUCCAGGAAUAGGAUGUCCAGUUUAUUUGUCGCCAGGUACACCAUUACCUAUUUUACACGCUCACCAGAUUCAACUGGUUGCAGUGGAAAACAUUGUUGGACCAACAUCAUCAUCUACCAGAAAUGAGUUUUACAUUGACGAUGAUAAGUCCAUUAUGCGACUCAUAACAACAGCACAAGGAGUCGAAGUCGAUGCCAUUUACGAUUACAAUUUAGGACUGAUUCAUGUUCGAGAAGACUAUGGCUGUUUAAUAUCACCUUUAACAACUUCAUCACCGGGUGUCUCUGAAAAAGGAUAUUAUUCAUUGUUCAACUUACUUUGGCUGGAUAAGAAUUACCUCUAUUUGGGACAAGUAGAUUAUGAACAUCGACCUGGAUUCCGAGUUAAAGCAUGGGAAGCAACUGAAUAUGAUAUAACAAUCGGAUCAACAAAAUACGCUAAAGUUGUGACAACACUUUAUUUCUCUGAUUCAAGAGAUAGUGAUACAUUUUAUAAUUAUGUUCUCGUUGGAGCGAUUAGAAGUUCUUACAAAAAAAGUUCGGCGAGUGAUUAUGUUCUCGUUGAAACGAUAACUCGAGACUUUUAUGACUUUAAAAAAGCAGUUUCCGAAGCAGAAUUUGAAACCCGAUUCCAAGUUGGUGAUUGUUUUCCUGAAUCUGACGCAAAAAUUGAAUUAAAUUUCCAGUUAUCAUGUCCAGAUCGACAAUGUUAUGAUUUAGCUAAGGAAAGACCCGAUGAUUUUAGACGGAAUUUCAAAUAUACUAUACUUAAUGAUGCAAAAAUAUCACCAUUAAGAAUUUCAAAUGUUGACCUCAAAUUUGGUUCAAACGGAAUCGAUGUUUUUAUGACUUUUCUCAAAAAACCAACUAUUACUCAGCAUUUCCGUGAGCUGUCAAAGCAAAUAAAUGAAGCUUUCCUGAGAAAACUAUCGCCAGCAUCGGUAAAGGAUGAGGAAUUAUGUCUCGAGGUUCGAGGAUCAAUCGGUGCUCCGACCAAAUCAGUAAUUUAUUGUAAUAAGGGAACUUAUGGUAAUUGCUAUUCCAUUGAAGGAGAACAGGAAAUACUUGAAGACCCUAAGGGUGUUACAUGCAAUGUGUGGGAUUUCCCGUUGAGAAAUUUGUUCCGAAUCCAACACGAACUGACCCUUGAACAGAUCCAUGAUAAUAUGUUGCACAAAGCAGAGUAUAAUACUGUUUAUUUCUAUGGUCAUAACUUCAAGAUUAACAAUGUGAUUGACGUUACCCAAUCAGCUAGAGAAGAGACACAAUUCCCGUUCGCUUUAUCCCGACAUUCCAGCAAAUUUAAAUCAGACCCAUCGACAGUUAAAACGGUUGUCGAGUCAAAAGACUUUGCAUCAUGUUAUCAUGCUUGCGUAAAUGAAGAUGAGAAUCUUUGUGAAUCAUUUUCGUUCUGUGAUUAUUCUGGAAAAGUUGAAUGUUUGGUUAGCAGUUUGAGUUACGAUAAAAUCGAUGAUGCGAUCGUCGAUGAUCAGUGUAAAAUUUACUCGAAAAACCAUCUACUCGACUAUCAUCAAAUCAAGAACAAACGAUUCAAAUCACCAACAUCCAUUUCGAUCACUGUGCCAUUGUUUGAUUGUGCGGCUUUGUGUUAUGGUUCAGAUCAAUGUUAUUCAUUCCAGUUCUGUGAGGGUUUUUGUACCUUUGCAGGCUAUUAUACUGACUCAGCAUCAGAAUAUAGUGAAGAAUGUGACAUUUUUUCUCCUAAAGCUGCCCACAAGUACCAAACGAACGGAGAUACAACUGUGGUCGAAACUUUCCAUACAGAAUUAAAUUUGAAUUUGGAACAAUGUGCUUCCCUGUGUAACGGUUGGGAAAGUGACGAGUCUUGUAAAUCAUUUAAUUUCUGUCCCAAGGGAAGGGCACUCAGUUCGUGUUACCUGUCAAAAUAUACUGUUCGGGAUGGAAAAACUGUAAAAAAAGAUUCAAAUGACUGCCAUAACUAUGAAUUAAUUGAAACCACUGAGAAAGACAAUAAACAUAAGUCAGGAGAAAGAAGAUCAACUAAUGGGACAAGUUCCGGAGCCGCAUUCGGCAUUAUAAUGCUUUUCCUUGUCACUGGUUUAGUCGUUGGAUUGGUAGUUCCAAUUUUUUAUAAAGGAUUCCAAACAUUACCAAGUCUUCAAUCAAUUGUAUCAGUUGGACGGUCUAAAAUGACCUCAAAAGAUGAGACUGGAUUUGGAUGGUCAAAGCAGGUUGAUGAUGAAGAUCAAUCAAGAGUUUGAUAUUAGACUGGUUAUUUUUUAGCACAAUUUUUACAUGUUAAUCUAUUAUCAUUUGAUUAUAAAGUCAUUUCUACUUCAACAAGUAUUUACAUAAUAAAGAAUCCAAUAUUUUGA